AUGACGACGCAGCCGAGACGUAAGGCUUGCGUAGAGUGCCGCCAGCAGAAGGUCAGUAGCGCCGAACAUCACGGGAACAUCACGGGAAUACGUGUAUUGAUGCUCUUCAGAUUCGCUGCGAUGUCGAGCAGCACAAGACUCCGCAUGAGCCAUGUAGUCGCUGCAAAAAAGAUGAACUUGGAAUGUCGCAUCCUGCCCACGUCGACCCGCAACCUACGGCAGACAAAGGCGGAGAUGCGCCGCGAACUUGAAGAGCUGAAAUGGAACAUGCGCCAAGGCCACGGUGAUCCGCUUUCUACUCCGGGGAGCUUGGGCGAUGCAAGCUCUUUCAGAAGUCCUCACGAUCCGGCAAAUGGAAGCUUUUCCAAUCCCAGCGCUCCCGGGACCGAUGCAAGUAUGAGCCCAGCAUUAGAAAAUGUACCAAAUUCUGGGAAAGAUAGCAAAGGAAUCGCAGCCGGACCGACGAUUUCAAGAGCAUUGGAUGGCUUUGUGGUUGAUGCGCGAAAGAUUGAUGAUUGCUUUGCGCUAUUCUUCACGCAGUAUCAUCCGCUGCUCCCAAUUCUGGAAUCGUCACUCAGCCCGAAUAGCGCGAACGGCUACUACGAACUCUCCCCCUUCCUCUUUUGGUGUAUAGUGGUCACAGGAUCGCGGCAUUACCUCGAAGAUCGAAGCAUCCUCGACAGAGUCAGCCAGCUCAUAACGCCACUUGCAUUCUCUUCUAUGGCACUUCGUGCGACGCCGAUAUCGGUCAUCCAGGGUCUCGUCAUCCUCUGCACAUGGCGGUUACCUACCAAUUCUAUGUACAAGGACAUGACGCAUGUUUUGUGCGGCGCCGCAGUGCACCUAGCUACACAGAUCGGGUUGCAUGUGACAGGAGUCGGCCAAGAUUUUGCGCGGACUCCAUUGAAAACAGACCAGGAACAGAAGAUUCUCCGCGCGAGACUGUGGAUGCAGUGUGUCAUCGUCUCAAUUCGGACGAGCUGUGCGGAGGGAAUUCCACCGCUUGUUAUCGCAGAAUCGUUCUAUGACGGGGACGAGAAGGACCGAGAGGAUCUACUUACCUUCCUUCCAGCCGAUUUGCAGUUCAAUCAUAAACUGCACAUUAUAUUACACAAGGCCAUGGCAGCAAUGGCGAGGACGGAUAUCAAAACAGUCAACUGCGAUGCUAGGAAUCUGCGUUCAUUGGUCACCAUAUUCGACUCGCAACUUUUGAGCUUGGGAGCUUCAUCACCAAGCGAAUUGGACUCCUUCCAACUGAAUUGCGCCCGUAUCCACGUUUUGGCCUUCCAUUUCUUCGCGCAUCCCAUUAAUCCCGGACCGGAUGCGGAAUCGUUGAGCCGCCUUUACUCUCUAUGUAUUUCCACCUUACAGACCGCACACGCCAUGACCCAGCAAGCAAAUUUCGCGUUCAUUUCGCAAUCCUUCAUCGACCGAACGGUCACGCUGGCCGGUUUUGUCAUUUUGAAACUCACGCGCUCUCACCUGCAUCAACACUUGGACCUUGUUGCUGGUGAACAAGCGUACUACAAUGCUGCGCAAUUCAGCAAAGCCACUUCUUUGCAGAAUGGCGAUUUGGGCGAACGAUGCUGCCAAAUCUUACGGGAUCUCUGGCAAAGCAGCAGGGUCUUUAGGAGAAGAGACGGAAGCAUAGAAAGCCUCGGGAUACGAUUACGAACAAGGCUAAGCAUGAGCGUCUCCUUCGACAUGUUCUGGUACUGGCGCGAGGAAUUCGGCCACAUGUACAACCCCUACAACGGCGAAGAAGGUCUCCCCGCAAACGCCCAGACACAACCGACGACUCCAGCACCAGGGAUCUCGCAGUCGCUUACCGCGACGGUGGCGCCGCAGCCCAUCAAGUUAGAUCCUCAUGGACUGCCGCCGCAUACGAUGGGCCCGCAGUCGGCGCCGAUGAGCUUCGAUGGUGGUUGGGAGGGGGAGGCGUACAUGUUUCCGCCGACGUUGGAUCAGUUCCCGGACUACGAUUGGGCGGCCAGCUUCGACUUUUCGCAAGACCCGACGAGUCACAUUCCGCAGAUACCACAGAUACCACAGCCGUUACAGCAGCCGGUCGAUAUGGGGCCUAUGAGUGCCGGGCCGACGGGUUAUCAAUACGGUUGA